AGGCCAUCCAACUACGGUCACACUGGCAGAAACGAAUAACGCAAUUGGAAGCCUUUUUAACAUUUAGUGAUUUUUACCUAUUUAACUGCAAAUUAGCUAGUUUAAAAUGACCACAGCAGCGCGACCGACCUUUGACCCCGCCCGCGGAGGCUCCGGUCGCGGCGAGAAGGACCUGAGUGCGCUGAGCAAGCAGUACUCCAGUCGCGAUUUGCCAGGCCACACCAAGCUGAAAUACAGGGAGACGGGCCAGGGCACCAGCGAGGAGAUCCGCAACCGGGACUUCCGCAAGGAGCUGGAGGAGCGCGAGCGCGAGGCCCGUUCCGGACCAGGAGCCACUUCCUCUUCUGGGAAGGCUCUGCCCUCCAUUGUGCGCAAGGCCAUCGAGGCGAACAAUGCGGGAGGAGGCGUCGUCGCUGCAAAGCGGGCCAAACCCGAUGUCCUGCAGCAGCAGCAGCAGUUGCAGCAACAGCAGGCCGCCAAUCUGGACGCCGAUGAGCCGCUGGACAACGACAGCUCCGACUCGGACAGCGAUUCGGAUGACGACGAUGCCGCCCUGCUGGCCGAGCUGCAGAAGAUCAAGCAGGAGCGCCUCCAGGAGACGGCCCGCCGCGAGUCGGAGAAGAAGCAGGAGGACGAGCGCAUUCGCAUGGAGAACAUCCUCUCGGGCAAUCCGCUGAUCAACUACGAACCCGGCACCGCCGCCUCAGCCGCCGGACGUGCCUCCGGCCUGGGCGGCGACCUUAAGAUCAAGCGCCGCUGGGACGACGACGUCGUGUUCAAGAACUGCGCCCGCUCUGCUCCCGAAAAGAAGACCCACUUCGUCAACGACGCCCUGCGCUCCGAUUUCCACAAGAAGUUCAUGGACAAGUACAUCAAGUAGGCGUCUUAGGAUUCGCUUUAAGAUUUAAGCGCUUUUUUGUAAUAGUUUAAGUAAACCAAUUGUCAACUUUUUUUGGCCUUCCGCCUGACCAUUAAAAUUCGCAUUUUGUAAGCAUA